CCUUGGUUUGCUUUUCACCGACAGACUGAAACUCAGCACUUAGCAAUAAGUUGUUUGGAAUAAGGGGCCACCAUGUAUAUUUCUUAUCUAUUUGGUUUCUUAUUGACAAUCCCCCUGUUAAUUCAAGGCUGUUGGGGUGGAGAAGAAACCAAGAACGUUAGUUGUGCAAGCCUCCGAACUGAAAAUGCUUACAAAUACUGUGUAAAGGAGAAGGAGAAACCUAUAUGUGUGGCGUGGCAAUCCGUGGAUUCCAAUAAGACGUCUACGUGGCUUGCUGAACUUUGCCGACACAAAAACACUUCACAUGCACCCAAUGUGAUUGAUGUCAGCUACUCCUGCAUCACCCUCCUGCAGUGUGUCAACGUAGACCACACUGCCAUAWGUGAUCGGUCUGAGCAUUUGACCCAUUUCAUUGUGUCUGGUGCACCAGAUGAGCCAAAGAAGCCUUUGGAGAAAGAGCCUGACAGUCAGAAUACAACUGCAGAUGAUGUGAAGCAGGAUGUCGACAAUGAAAACCCCAACCAUGACAACACUCAGACUUGGCUCUUCCCAGCUUACUUAGCAUGCUCUCCCAUCAUGAAAAUGGACAGGUGUGAAGAUUUGAGGACAGGAAAUGGAUAUCUGUACCUAUAUGAAACUCCGGCUGGAUCUAGAAUUGAGGUGUACUCAAACAAUACUCCAAUAGCCUACCGUGGCAUGAACAAGCCUUUUGAAGCWAAUUUUUCUGAUAAGGUGAUAAGAGUGAACAACAGUGCUGUCAUCCUCUCUGAAUGCCUGAACCUGUCAUUCACAUUCUUUCAUGUUCUCCAGGGCAAGGUUGAGGAGUGCCAUUUGCAUUACAUUGUUACAGAGAGGGAGCAUGAGGCUGUGACAACUAUCAAUCUGAUUGACAAUCUGACUGACACCUCGGACAACACAUCAGGAAAUGGAGACAAAGCCAAAGUCACUAGCCACACAAAGGAAAUCACUGCUGGUGUUCUGGUUUUCUUGGUUCUGCUGCUGGGCAUUGCUGGUUUCUUAGCGUACAGAUAUGGCUACAUUCCUUGGAGAAACAAACAUCCAUUUCCUCUUGCACAGCUAGCUCGGCUGGGUCGGGACUACCUUAACACCAACAGGGAAAACCAGAGGGACAACGGAGAUCCUGAUGAUCCAGCUGCUGAGGACGCUGAGUCUCUCCGAUCUGUGCUUGUCGUUGACAGGGACCAGGGGGAUGGGGUGGAAGAGGAGAGGGGGCCACCACACAGUCAGGAGACACAUGUUGAGUCCUCUCUGCUGAAUGGGCAUCUUGUGAACAGCAGUCAAGGAGAGAGAGCUGAGCCAAGCGAGAGGUUCGUUCAGCCAAUGGGCAGUGAGGGAACAGAUACUGAAUUCUCUCAGAAGAGACAUGCUGGAUUUCCUCUGGUGAAUGGAAACCAUAAGGCCAGGGUUAACGAUGAGACUAAGGAAGUGACUYCUGGUGCACAGAGUCCAGGACCUCCUCAGAUGAAUGGAGGACCUCCCAUGUCUGACAGGUUGGAGAACAACCAUGUUGGUCAGCGGAYGAAGAAAACUGCUCUGGUGAACAAGCAGGACCAGGACUGGUUAACAAUGGCAUGAAGCCAGUUGAAAAUAUAUAGCAUAUAAGAUGAAACUAAGUGUAAAUAUAAUAAAAUAUAACAUGAUAUACACUGUAAUAUAGAACAGUAUAAUAUAAUAUGACAUUAUAUAAUAUCGUAACACUUACUUGAAGCUGCUUCUUGUAUAGUGUUAUAUAUUCUAAUGAAUGCAUUCUUAACAACAUGAAUGAUGCAUUAAUGCAUACAUAGGACAUAACUGUAUAGUAAAAUGUUAGUAUAAUACUGUGCUGGUAAGCUGCUAGCUGUGGGGUUGCCCCCAGCUGUGGUUUCUAUUAUUCAGAGAAUCUACGCUCAACUGUGGUUCAAAUCCAUAGUUUUUAGCUUAGUUGUUACCGUAAACUAGCACUUCUUAGAGACAAAGUUAUGGAAAAUGCUGUAUAACUACUUACCAUUCUGAAGUGUAACAGUCAGGUUUUUAUGUAACAAUUGUUAAUAGCUUUUUUAAUGUUUAUUUAUAUAUUUGUUUGAUUUGAUUGAAUUAGUAUGACUAAUGCUUCAAUGACCAUGCAUUAUUUUACCCUCCCGUAUAGAGGGAUAUUAUUUUACCCUCCUGUAUAGAGGGAUAUUAUUUUACACUCCCGUAUAGAGUGAUAUUAUUUUACCCUCCCGUAUAGAGGGAUAUUAUUUUACACUCCCGUAUAGAGGGAUAUUAUUUUACACUCCCGUAAAAAGGGAUAUUAUUUUACCCUCCCGCAUAGAGGGAUAUUCUUUUACCCGCCCGUAUAGAGGGAUAUUCUUUUAGUGACUAAAACAUUUUCCAUUAUUUGUAUCCAAAAUAUAUUUAAUUAAAUCAUAUAAUUUUCUUCUCA